AUGGCGUCUUCUUCAACGUCAUCCGUUAACAAGAGCUUUAAGUAUGAUGUGUUUUUGAGUUUCAGGGGUGAAGAUACUCGUACGAACUUCGUUGAUCAUCUUUAUCAUGCUCUCCAGCAGAAAAGCAUUCAUACUUACAAGGACGAUGAGAGAAUAAAAAAAGGUAAAAAGAUUAGUGAUGAUCUCAUCAGAUCCAUUGAAGACUCCAGAUUCUACAUCAUUGUUUUCUCCAAGAACUAUGCGUCUUCAUCGUGGUGCGUGGAUGAACUUGUUAAGAUAAUGGAGUGCCACGGGACAAACGAGCAUACGGCUUACCCUGUCUUCUAUGAUGUGGAACCCUCGGAAGUUCGCAAACAAAGCGGGGCAGUGGCAGAAUCCUUUGCAAAACAUGAAAAGGAAGAGUUUGCUGGGAAAAAAUGGAGAGAGACUCUGAAAGAAGCAGCGGAUCUGGCUGGAUGGGAGUUGAAGAAGACUGCUGAUGGGCAUGAAGCUAAAUUUAUCCAGAGAAUAGUUGGAGAGAUUUCACUAGAGUUACGUUCCAUCAGUUUCAACAUUGAUGAAAAGUUAGUAGGAAUUGGUUGUGAUGAUGUCCGCAUGAUCGGGAUCAAGGGGAUGGGAGGUGCUGGAAAGACAACUUUAGCAAGAGCUCUCUUUGAUCAACUAUCCUUUCGGUUUGAAGGUAAAAGCUUCGUGGAGAAUGUAAGGGAAGUUUCAAAUGCUUCUUUGUCCGGUUUGAAGUCUUUGCAAAAACAAGUUCUUCGGGACGCCUUUAAUGAUGAAGGCAUCAGAGUUCUUAUUGUUCUAGAUGAUGUGGAUCAUAUAGACCAGCUUGAGGUGUUAGCAGGUGAGCCUAACUGGUUUAAGGCAGGAAGUGUAAUUAUCAUUACAACAAGAGAUGAGCAAGUGCUGGUAGCACACCGAGUGAAGUUCAUUCAUGAUGUCAAUCUGCUAUCAGAUAAGGAGGCAAUUUGCCUCUUCAGUAGGUUUGUAUUUGGGAGAGAGAUUCCAGUUCAAGGUUACAAGGAGCUAUCAAGACUAGUUGUACAUUAUGCUGCUGGUCUUCCCUUGACGAUUAGGGUUUUGGGUUCACUUCUUUGUGGAAAAACUAAGCUUGAAUGGGUAGAUGCCUUAGAAAGGCUUAAAACAAUCCCAUUAGCGGAAACUUUGAAAAAAUUAGAAUUAAGCUAUACAUGUCUAGAGGAGGAUUACAAGGAAAUAUUCCUAGAUGUUGCAUGCAUCAAGAAAGGUUGGCGGAAAGAUAAAGCAAUCAAAACGCUCAAAAGUUGUGGAUUUCAUGCUAGAAAUGGUUUAAGAGUUCUUCAACAAAAAUCCCUUAUAACUAUUAAUUAUGAUUACCUAGGCAUGCACGACCAUAUUGUAGAAAUGGGUAGGAAUAUUGUCCGUCGUUGGCACCCCGAUAAGCCUCAUAAACAUAGCCGAUUGUGGAAAAUCGAUGAAAUUAAAGAUAUAUUGGCUAAUGAUUUGGGUACUGAAGCAACAAGAUGUAUACGAUUCCACACUGAGGAAUUCAAUCCGUAUAUUUUUAUAAAAGGUCUAAGAAAGAUGAAGGAGCUUAGAUUUCUUUCUGUUAGUGGAGAUUGUUCCAGAGAUUUCGAGUUUGGUAUGCUCAGUCCAGAUUUCCCAAAUGGUUUACGAUAUCUACAUUGGACCCAUUACCCUUUUAGAUCUUUACCCACAACAUUUCAAGCAAGUAAUCUUAAAAUUAUGGUCCUUAACAAGCUCAAAUUCCUUGACCUCAGUUGUUCAAUGUUGAGGACUCUUGACCUUGGGUUGGCGCCAAAUCUUGAAGAGUUGAUUCUUGUUGGAUGCAGCUAUUUGGAAAAACUUCAUUUUCCCAGUAGAUGUCUAAAUCUAAGACGCUUGCUACUCACGGAUUCAAAGUUGAGGACCCUUGACAUUGGGCUGACUCCGAAUCUCGAGAAGUUAGAUCUUGAAAAAUCUUAUCAUUUGGAAGAACUUCACAUGGCCAAUGAAUGUCAAAAGCUCGCCGAACUCAAAAUUAGUCAUUCAAACUUGAAGACACUUGACCUUGGGAUGACUCCAAAUCUCAAGAAGUUACAUCUCAAAGAGUGUCGUAAAUUAGUAGAACUUCACACUUCCAUUGGAUGUCUAAAAAAGCUUGUCCACAUAGACUUAAGUGGUUGUUUGAGGUUUAGAUCUUUUAGGUUUAACAUAAAGUAUAAUACUUCUUGUAGUGUUGAUGAAUUUGUUGAGGUUGGUCCUUUAGCCGAGUUACGUUUGAUGGGGGAGUCCCUAGAAAGUUGCCCGCUUCACCCCAAAAGUAACUUGCCAAAGUUUCGGUUUGACGGUGUCUAUAAAGAAGAUCGACCCUCGUUAACUAGAAAUCUUGAGAUGCUUUUUUCUGUAGGUAUGUGUGCUUGCACAAACCUUGAGACGUUUUCAAGAAGCCUUUGUGGUUUACGACGUUUAAGAAAGCUUGAACUCAAAGCCAGUUUUGUAGAGGCGAUCAAGGACAUUGACCAGUUAGAAUCUCUGGAGGAGCUAAUAUUGUUGUCUACAAAGACAAACCAUCUUCCAGAUAGCAUUUGUAAGUUGAAACAUCUGAAAUUUCUUAAACUUGUUGAUUUACGGCUUCUUGAGAGGUUACCUGAGGAUCUUGGCCAAUUACAAUGUCUAGAGGAGCUUAGUUUGUUGUCUAUAGAUAUUAAACACCUCCCUCAUAGCAUUUGUAACUUAAAACAUCUGAAAUCCCUCGAACUUAGAUAUUGUUUGUUGCUUGAGACGUUACCUGAUGAUCUUCAUCAAUUAGAAAGUUUAGAGAAGCUAACUUUGUCAUCUGCUAGAAUGAUUAGACGUCUUCCGGCAAACAUUUAUAUGUUGAACCAUCUGAAGUUCCUCAAACUUAUAUGGUGUUGCCUCCUCGAGGAGUUACCUAAGAAUCUUGACCUAUUAGAACAUUUAGAGGAGCUAGAUUUGUCAUAUACAAAGAUUAAGCAGCUUCCAGGUAGCAUCUGUAUGUUGAAACAUCUGAAAUCUCUGGAUAUUUCUUGUUCAUUGCUUGAGAAGUUACCUGAAGAUCUUGGCCAAUUAGAAUGUUUAGAGGUGCUAAGCCUAUGGACAUGUGAAUUUUUACAAGAUAUCCCGAAUAGCAUCUGUGAGAUGAAAUGUCUAAAAUAUUUCUAUCUCCAAGAUUGUAUUCGAGUUGACAAAUUGCCUGAGGAAUUUGGACGUUUGGAAUGUUUAGAAGUGUUAAAUAUAGAAGAUAGAAACCCAAAGAUGUGGAACGAUGUUUUACGUAGUGGUGUGAUGAUUAUGAGAAGCUCGAAAGACCUGGAAAAUCCAGUUCACAAAGAACUAUUGUCACAGCUAACAGGAACAAUGAAGGAGCACAUGUAUCUUCACUUGGGUCAUCUACCACCAGAGGCUCUCAAGAAGAGACUUCCUUGCUUCUCUGGAAUUGCUGCCAUCUUUGGCUCUUUGCUGGUGUUGAUGUUACAAAGAAGCCAAUUCCAGUUUUGCCUUACUGUCCAUUACAACAUGGGUGGGAUCCCAACUAAUUACCAUGAGGAGGUACCGAGCAGUAUGAUCGCUGAUGCUCUAAGGAGUACACUGGGCAUACCAAAAGUACACUGGGCGAAUCUAGAUCUUAGUAGAAAUUAUUGCCAGGAAGAACUUACCAUAAAAUCUUGGCCAGUUAAAAUGUUUGGAGAAGCUACAUUUUCGGAUACAGAUAUUGAACGUCUUCCGGAUAGCAUUUGCAUGUUGAUUUUUAAGCCUUCCAUUUGUUCAAGCCGUUCCCUACUAACCAGAAAAAAGCCACCAGAAAUUGUGAAUGUGCUGUUUGCAAACAGAAGCAAACUCAUCUGUUUUUUCAGUGAUUUUCCUUUUGAAAAAGCCGAUGCCCAAUUUGAAUCAGACAUCAAGUGUGAUGGUAUUUCAGACAUUUUCAGAGCUAUAAAAAAGUGUUCACCUGGACUUGUGCCAGUUGCAUAUCUCAAAAAGCGUUUGUGGCUACUUUAG